AUGCAUUUGGCCAACAACCUGUUUUUCUUAAUUUGCCCAUUUUUCGUGAUUGGAUUAUCUUUUCAAGCUCAGAAUGAUUAUGAUCUAUCCAAAUUUAUCGAUCAAAUGGAAAUAUUAUCACGUCUAACGAAUGGAAUUAUUCUUGAAGCUGGCCUUAUUGAUGAAUCGAUUUCGCCUGAUGACGUAAUUUCGGAAAUUCUUCAUUUGGGAGCACAGAAAGUAGACAAACUUUUGGAAAUCGACAGAGUCAAGCUGCUUGAUGUCAUAACAAAGUAUCAAAAUCUAUCACAGAGCUUGAGCAUUUCAAGUGAAAUCAAAGCAGUUGAAGAAAGAUUUCAUCUUUUUGAGAACAUCACAACUGAAAUUAAUUUUGAAGAUUUGAGCAAACUUGACGGAGAAUCAGAAUAUGAAGAUGGAGUGAAACAAUUGGAAAAACUGAAUACUGAUAUGGGAGUAGUGGAAAACUUGUUUUCGAAUUUGACAGCAAUAGAGGAAAGAAUAGAAAAUGCCAGAAAUAUCGACAUUUCGAACUUAACAAGUUCAGAAUUGAAUGCUGAAUUGGAUGCAAUCAAAUCGAUGAUUGGAGAAAUCGAAGAAUUCAGUAAAAAUGUGACAGAAUUCAACAAUUUUGUAACUGAAAUCGGAAAGAUAUCUGAUUUCGAAAAGGUGAAUAUUUCUUUUUUGGAUCAGUUGAAAUUCGAGAAAGAAUUGAGAGAUCGAUAUGAUUUAAAAAUUAAAAAUGGUACAAAGAUUCAAUUGGAUGUGAUCAAAGAAAACGUGGAACAUUUCCACGAAUCUUCACAAUUUUUCAAUGUUUCUCAUAACCUGAUUAUUCCAAUUCUUGAAUUUAUUUCUUCGAGAAUCGAUGAUCAAAAAUGGGCUGAGAAGUUUACAUCAAAGUUUUCAAGACAUCCUUCCGAUAUCCAAGAUUUACCAGAUGAUGCGAAAAACGAUGAAUUGAAACUUUUAUUCAAUAAAAAGGAGAGUGAUUGGGUAUCUGAACAUUUAUCGAAAUCUCUUGUUCCAUUGGCGGAUUUCGGGAAGAUUUUGACAGAAUUCGAUGCUCGCUGGAAGAUUCUAUCUUUGAAAACAUCUCUUGAUGACCUCAGUUUUGUCAAUGAUGUUCAAAUUAAACUUGCCAAGAAUUUCGAAUUAAAAAAUAUUCAAUUGGAAAAACUGAAAUCAUUUGAGGAAUGUGAUUUACAUCCAAAUGCAUCAGUUCAAACUCUGGAGAAGAUUGAAGAAAUUAGAAAUGCGAAGAACGAGUUGAAGGAAGCGUAUUCGAAACUGAGUUCGAUGUUUGAUUAUUUGAAAAAUUUACCCGAUUUGAAAACAUUGCGAAAUUUCAAAAAAUUGGGAAAGAAACAUGCCGAUUCAUUGAAACUGAAUAAAGAAAUCAAUGAGACUCUCGGUUUGAUUCGGACACUGAAAGAAGAUUUGCCCGAUUUCAAAGAAAAAAUGCAAAAUAUAUCUGAAUUGAUUAAAAAAGUGAAUUCAACGCCAAUCAAUGAAUACUUGAAUUCACUAGAAGAUUCUGGAUAUUUGGGAUUUUAUUCAUGUCUGAAAACGGAAAUUGGAAAUGAAGGAAAAGUUGUCGUUGAUCUUUUGAAUGAAAUCGAUGAAAUUAGAAAAAGAGGACUUGAAAAUACUACGAGAAGCCAAGAAGCCUCGGGAAUUGUGAAUGCAUUUGUAAGUUCGUUGGAUGGUUUGAAGAAUCUGAGAACGUAUGGAGAGGAGAUGAAGAAUGUGACCGAGAUGGAAGUGAUUGCCUUAAAAAGUUCAAUAUUCAACAAUAGUCUUAUCAUAAUGAAGAAGAUUCAAAAAUCAGUCGAAGGAUUAACACAUAUUAGAAAGUUGUCUGAAAAACGAACUGAGCUGGGAGCUAUUUUCGGAGAUUCGGAUUUCAUCAAAACGGUUGCUGAAAAGGAAAAAGAUAAAUUGAAGAUAGAGGAAUAUCAUGAACUGUUGAAAUUCGAAAAUCUUAAAACGUCUUUAGAGACUAUUCUCUCAAAGAUUGAUAAGUUGAACGAGUCGAUUGGAAGUCUAGAAGCUGCUAACUUCAGUAGUUUCAUUCCAAUUUUUCAAGAAGCAAACGAGAUUGAAGAUUUCAAACAAGAUGUGGAGUUGAUGAUUACUGCAUUGAAUUCAUUGAAAAAUGUUGGUUUAACUACUCAACAAAACAUCACAGCUCUCGUCGAUGCGUUGGAUGUUCUGAAGUCUCUCAAUUUAAAAUUUUCUACCUUUGAAAUUCUAUCUGGAAUAGAGGGAUUGAGAUCACUAGAUGCGUUUUUCUCAUCUUUUUCCGGGGCAAUUCCACCUCCAUCAACAGUACCCCCGCCAUCAACAACUGAAGUUAUCCUCACUGAAACUACAACAACACAGUCGACGCAAGUGGAUAUUGCAAUGAAACAAACUGGAAAUACCACUGCAUCAACAAUGCCCGAAUGGCAGAUUGGAUUGAUAGUUGCGAUUUGUCUCAUUUUGGCAGCUGCAAUCAUAUUCGGAAUUCUUUGCUAUUGCCGUCGAUGGUUUUGUUUCAAAAACAGAAAAGGGAAAUCAGCAUCUUCUCCGAAUAAAGAUAAUUUUAUCGAGAUCUUUCCACCGCCAGUUCCAGCAGUUCCAGCUGAAGAAUCUCUAUAUAUCCCACCUACAUCAACAUAUCAACCUCUUUCAACUCUUCCUCCGGCUCCUUCAAAAACUGAACAACCAAAGAAAGAAACGAGUUCUGAUGGAACUUCAGCACAAGCAGGAGGACAAGAAUUCCCUCCAGCAGAGAUUACUGUAGAACCAACACAAGAAACUGAGGCAAAAACGAAAACAGUGGAAGAAGGACCAGCUGAAACGAAGUCAAAAGAAGGGACAACAGGAUCGAAAGAGUCAGUUUCAAAAGGAUCGAAAUCCAAAGAAGAGAAUAAAAUGAAACCGAGCCAAGAAGCGAUGUGA